CCGAGGUACACCACUUUACUGCUUUUAUUUACUUUGCCUUAAUUUAAAAAUGGAGCUCUCUAGCCAAAGAAUCGUGAUCACAUUUGAUCACAAUUGACACUAAUAGAGGACUCAACUUCUCAGCAUUACUGGCACAACACUGACACGAUGGCUCACAGCGCCAAUCAUGGCAAGCUCCUCCUACAAAGGCUGCAUCAGCAGCGGGAAAUGGACUUCCUGUGCGACGUCACCAUCAUAGUGAGAGACGUGGAAUUCCGGGCUCACCGCAACAUCCUGGCCGCGUUCAGCAAGUACUUCUCCUCCCAGGCCGAGAAGGGCCAAGAUGUCACCACCUUGGACCCCGACAAGGUCAGCCGCUACGCUCUGGAGAAGUUGCUGGAGUUUGUCUACACGGGACAGAUGAACCUCAGCAGCACCAGACAAUCUGCUGUCCGCCGAGCCGCCAUCUUCCUGGGAAUGUCCGAUGCCCUAAAGUAUCUGGAAGAUAUUUCUCACUCGUCCGAGGUCAGCGAGCCGUCCCAGUUUGAUGUGGACAACGAGCCGGGCCUCUCUUUGCUCAGUCCCGGCUCCCCGGGCAGUCCUCAUUCCCCUGUUUCUCUGUCCAUCGUCUCGGUUACGGGCACGUGGGUGGAGGAGGGCCAGGAAAGCCAGCAAGACCAGGAAAGCCAGGAAGGUCCAGAAGGCCAGGAGAGCGAAGCUGCUGGGUUGGAUGAGGAAGGAAAAAUUCCAAGCGUUGAGCUGGCGGAGCCCAGCAACUUGGAGAGUGACGCUCCCCAACCUGCAGCCCACAGGGGGAGGGGGCGUGGCCGAGGGAGGGGGAGGGGGAGGGGCAGGGGCAGGGGAAGAGGAGGAAGAAGCCUGGUUAAGAUCGAAGAAGACUUCCUGGAAGAUUCUGACACCAGCGUGAAGGACUUUGGGGACACGUCUGCCGACUGGAGCCCCUCGCUGGACGACCCGCCCGCCAAGAGGCCCCGCUUCGGGGAGCUGUGGCGGGGACGCGGCCGGCGCCGAGGGAAAGGCCGAGCGAGGGGCAGGAGCAAAAUGGAGGGCGAGCCCGGCGAGGAUGAGGCUAACGGCGAGGAAGCGGCGGAGGACGGAGAGCAGAACCCCUCGCCUGGCGCGGACGAGAUGGCGCGGUCCUGCAUCGAGUGCAACCGGACGUUCAAAGACAUGUGCAGCCUGCGGAGACACGAGCAGAUCCACGCGGGCCUCAAGCCCUUCAUCUGCAUCUUCUGCUCCAAAACCUUCAGACAGGCCACGCAGCUCAAAACUCACCUGCGCACCCACACAGGCGAGAAGCCCUUCAGCUGCUCCGAUUGUGAAAAGUGUUUCGCUCAGAAGUGUCAGCUGGUGGCCCAUCGCCGCAUGCACCACGGCGAAGAGAAGCCCUACAAGUGCGAGCGCUGCGGCUUCAAGUUCGCCACCUCGUCCAACUACAAGAUCCACGUCAGGCUGCACAGCGGCGAGAAGCCGUACGUGUGCGACGUGUGCGGCCAGGCCUUCGCUCAGUCCAGCACGCUGACCUACCACAAGCGGCGGCACACGGGCGAGAAGCCGUACCAGUGCGACCUGUGCGGCAUGUCCUUCUCCGUCUCGUCGUCGCUCAUCGCUCACGCCCGCAAGCACACGGGCGAGACGCCGUACAAGUGCACCCAGCCGCAGUGCGAGAGCCGCUUCGUCACGUCGUCCGAACUGAAGAAGCACAUGCGGCGACUACACCCGGUGUGGCUUAUGCGGCUUCCUAUGUUUUACUGUGUUUGUGUGCGCGCGCGCGCGUUUGGACUCAGACGGCACCAACGGCGUGCAGUGCCUGCUGUGUGGAAAUCGCUUCGCCAGCGUGAAGAACAUGAUCAAACACCAGGAGAAGGCUCACGCCGACGAAGUGCGACAACACAAAGAGAGAGCGCGCGCAGUCGUCCUGCUGGCGUCCAGCCACCCGGUCGCCUUCGUGCAGAGCAAACUGAGCAACGACGGCAAAAGUCUAAGCGCCGGCCCCGAAGCCGAGCCGCCCGAGCCGGAACCGGCCACGCCUCGGGCCGGCGGCAGCAACGACGUUGGCGUGGGCCCGUCCGUCGCCGCCGCUCUGAACGACACUCUGCGGGAGUUGAAGGUAGAGCCCGGCCACACGCCCAUCUCGCAAGCCGACCCGGUGGCCUUCGAAGCCGACCCCGUGUCCACCAUCAACUCGGAAACGCUGCACGCGCUGGUGGAGCAGCUGAGGCCGCCGCCGUCGCCGGCGCAGAGCUUGGAGCAGAUCGUCAUCAUCCGCACGGUGGACAACGCGGAACACGGCGCGCCGCCGCCGCCCCCGCAGUGAGGCGCGGCCCCUUCCUCGGCAGCCGACCUUUGAGAAGGAUCGCCGAAGGGGCGGCUUUUAUUGAUGUGUGGAACGCCCUUUCAGCAUUUCUUCCAUAUCCUUGAUAUCCAAUUUAAGGUUCAUGUACGCUCUUCGACCAUUUGGCGCACUAGUAGAGCGACUCUUUCUAGUAAUGUUUUUUACAACUUCAAACUUUUGGCUUACUAACACACUAUUAAACCUAACUAGUGCUGCACUAGUAACACUGCAAGGCCCAACUAGUGUCAUGCACUAGUAGCCUCCUGGACACUACUUGUAGCACCAAGAUGCCCACUAGUCGUUUUGCCUCAUUAGUAAUGUAGUUGGCCUACUAGUCGUGGGCAGAGAUGUUAUGCCGGAGUGGUUAUUUAGUAAGACUAGUGUUACUAGUGGGUUACUAGAAAACCUCCGUGGAGGUUUUGUUCUAGUUAGUGUAACUAAAUGUUACUAGUAAGACACUCAUUCUACUUCCGCACCGUUGUAAUUUUACUAGUCUGCUGAAUUGUCUUACUAGUGAGGUCAAAGUGUGUACUAGUACAUUGACCUUGAGGUGGAUAUCAAGGAUGGGGCAUAAAUGCUAAAACUGCUUCUUUUGAGCAUUUAUUCCAUAUCCCAGAUAUCCAUCUUAAGGUACUAGUACACUCUUUGUUGUCACAAGUAGGACAACAACAAGUUACUGCUGAGGCAUAAGUGAGCCCACUUCCUUCUACUUUUACUUCUUUUUAUUUCUCUAGCUCUUCUAUGUAACAUCUAGUGAUUCACUAGUAGCACACAGUUGUCAACUAGUGCACAGAUUUGUCUCAUUAGUAGCACGUUCUUGUCAUACUAGCAUGUGAUAGAGUAAUGGAAAAACGUUACUACUAAGACGGUCGUUCUACUUGUGCGCAGAAUUGUCUUCCUAGUGAGGCCAGAAAGUGUACUAGUACACAGCCCUUAAGCUGUGUAUUGAAAUAAUGCUCAAACGGCUUUUCGUCGUGACGCGUGUGUGCGUGGCUGCUUUCAUGUGGUGACACGCAAACGAGAAAAUGCGAUGCUUCGAAAGCGAGGCGGCGCUCGAGCGUCGUCGACGUCGUAACCUGAAGUCGAUCCUCGUGUGGCGAUCCCGUGACGGCCAUUUUAGACAUGACGUGAUGUAGUGCUUCGUCACCUUUUGCAGACACCAAAUGUUUUUGUGUUUUUUUGUAUUUCAUUUUAAUAAACAUGUUGACGUAUGUACAGAAAUAUUCAUUAUGCUUACGACUGGAUAAAAACUUUAACAUGCAAUAAAAAUGCG